AUGCACUGCAUCGCGCUUCUAAAUCUUCUUCGACUUCUUCAAAGCGAAAUGAUCGCCGAUCUUACAUUCACAAACGUUGACCCACGACUGUUCGUGCGAGAAACGACUCAUGACGCCUUCUGCCGCACUUUCCGCUGCAUCGUGCCAUGUCGCCAUUCCAUUGCGAUAUGCGCCUUCUCCUGUCCUUUGCCAGAUGCUCAUCCUGGCUUGCGACGUGAGUCUGGAUCCCGCAUCCCAAAUACAGGCAUUAAAAGCUUCAUGAAAGUUUCAAUCAAACUCGCAGCCUAG